ACAAGAGGAGGCGGAGAAGCAAUUCAGAAGGCAGAGCAGGUGAAGGAGGAGGAAGAAGGUGCCAAGCAGCAGCAGCAGCAAGAGGAGCAGUCAAAACAGCAGGCAGCAUCUCCUUCAGUGGAUGGCUUAAGUGCUCCCUCCUGCUCUUCAAACUUCGCACCUGUGGUGGGCAUCCCCUGGGGGCAGGCAGACCCACCAAGAACCAGCAAUGGGCAAACACAACAGCAAACUGGCUCCAGAGAUGCUGGACGACCUGGUGAGGAGCACUGAGUUCAAUGAGCAAGAGCUGAAGCAGUGGUACAAGGGCUUCCUGAAGGACUGCCCCACAGGCAUCCUCAAUUUGGAGGAAUUCCAGCAACUCUACAUCAAGUUUUUCCCCUACGGCGAUGCCUCCAAGUUUGCCCAGCAUGCAUUUCGCACGUUUGACAAGAACGGGGAUGGGACCAUCGACUUCCGGGAGUUCAUUUGCGCUCUCUCAGUCACCUCCAGGGGAAGCUUUGAGCAAAAGCUGAACUGGGCCUUUGAGAUGUACGACUUGGAUGGAGACGGCAAGAUAACACGCUUGGAGAUGCUGGAGAUUAUUGAGGCCAUCUACAAGAUGGUGGGCACCGUCAUCAUGAUGAGGAUGAACCAAGAUGGGUUGACGCCGCAGCAGCGUGUCGACAAGAUCUUCACAAAGAUGGACAAAGACAAAGAUGACCAGAUCACCCUGGAAGAGUUCAAAGAAGCCGCCAAGAGUGACCCUUCCAUUGUCCUCCUGCUGCAGUGUGACAUGCAGAAGUAGAGGGAGGGUCCCAAUGCACAACUCGCCCCCCGCCUCCCCUGGCCUGGCCUACCCAUCCUUGCAUCUUUCCCCCCUUCUCCUGGGGAGCUGCAGACUCCACUCCCUGGGACAGGAGGCACUGUGUUUUGCACAGCCUCCUGGGCCCCAAACAAGGCCCCGCCAUGCAAUCCCCUGGGGCCUGCAGCUCAUAAUUUGCACAGUUCCUCUGGCCAUUGCUCUUGUGACCUCACCAAGGUCCUAUUAGAAUGAAUUUCUUCCGUCUCAACCCUCUGGUCCCACCAUCUCUGGGGCCCGUCAUCCCUCUUGCCUCCCCCUUUGCACCCGGACAUUCCCAAGAACAUACAGGCCAACUUACCUUUCGAUGGCUUGCCUAUAUAUCCAUGAUCCUUGACAACUGCAAGGUCUUGUAAUCCUCAGAAGUCUGUUAUCCUUCACUUCAGUUGUAGCUCUUAGGAUUAGGGCAGAUCUCUUCCCUCUGGUGACCCUUUAACAUAAUCUUCAGAUGUGCCCCUCGAACGGCAGCUCUGGGGCAGCCAUUUCCCUCCCCUGCCCUGUAAUUCCUCCUGCCCAACACACUCAGCUUGAAGCCCCAAAUGGGGAACAGGUCAUUUCUCCCCUCAACACCUUUCCUACUCUUUUCUUCACAACCAUGAAUAAUCAAUGGCAGCAGCAAAACGUCCUAGCAAUGGGUCAAAGGUAUUCUUUCCCCCUCUAGACUCUCCUCCUCCUCCUCCUCCCUUCCUUGAAAAUAGAGUGGCACCACCUGCCAUUGAAGGGGAUGCCAUUGCCAGAGGUAAGAAGUGUUUCUGGGUAAUCAUAGGGCAGCAUUCUCCAAUCUGGUGCUGGCUAGUGCUGAUGUUUGUCGUCCAAAACAUCUAGAGGGCACUGUGUUGGGUAGCACUGUCCUAAGAUCGCCAUGUUGAAAAUGCAGGGUGUUCUGUGUUUGCUCUUCCUGAAUCCUUUGCUCUUGCCAUCCCAUCUACUAAUGCUCAGGGGGAAAGAAACACCUGCAUUUCAAAAGGGCCAAAGAAUUUUAGAUAGGUGGAGGAAAUGCUAUAGGAUUCUGGGAUUCUGGCAUUCCAUGUUUGAAGCAUCUCUCCUUCUUCCACCCAACAUGAGACAACAGUCAGGUUUUUUGGUGGGUAGGGGAUGCUCAACUGCAUUGCAAAUAUGGUUAUUGUACAUUUUAUAUUUGGCUGCAAAGGGAGCCCCUUUGAAACACAGAACCUGAGGCUUGCAUUUUUAGGGUCCAGCUUUGAAUGCUGGCAGAAACCUAAUGCAGGAGAUCUGUGGUUCUGCAGGUGUUGCUGUGGUCCCCAACUCCCAUCACCUCUGACAGAUGGUUUUGCUGAUUGAGGCUGAUGGGAGUCAGAGUCCAGAAGCAUCUCCAGAGCCUCCUGUUCCCUACUCUUGACCUGAUCACCCCGGUCUGGAAGAGCAGGGCCAGCCCUAGACCUUUUUGGUGGCUGAGGCAAGACACACUGCCGACACACACAUGGAGAGAGAUCCAGGCCUGCUGGAAGGAGACCAGCAGUAAUGUAGCCAGCACCAGGUUGGGGGAAUGCUCCCUUUCACCAAGACUCUCCCUGGCUUUGGCUUUCAGCUGUGUCCUUGGUUUAUCCAAAACUGAGAUGGAAGCUGUUGCCACCAAGGCCAGAGAAGGGUGGCAGCUGGAAGAAAAAUGGCAGCGGGGAUCAGGAUCUCCUGUCUCUUGUGGAGCAUGCUGCCCAUUGCUUCAGGUUGCCUCAUUGGUGCACUGGUGGUGUAGAAGAUAAUACUAGGUUUUGUUUUGCUAUUUUACUGUAGGCGAGGAAUGCAUUUUGCCCCCAGGUUGAGCAAAAACAGAUUUGGUUUGGAGCCAAACAAUCCUAUGUCAGAAUUGCUGGGGCGGGGGGUCCUGGUGGGAGGGGUCUCUGCUUUUUGCUGGGACAGUGCUGCACUUCCCAGACAGCCCUCUCUUCUCCCCCCUACCCACCCCCUCUUCUCCCACCCCUCUUCCAGAUUGCAUUUGGCCUGUGGCAAUGUGGUUGUGUGAAGCUCUUGGCCCGGAGUGAGCGGGUGGGCUGUGUGCCCUCUUGUUCACUCCUUGAAAGUUUACAAUUUUGCAAACUUGCACUGUGACGGAAGCCGCAUUAGCCCGUUUUUCCAGGCAUGAAAUGUGGGUGAAACGUAAAGAAAAUGCCCCAAUUUGAGCAAAUAGAAGAAGGCAUUGAAGAAGGCAAGACAUGAAGGGUAAAAUAAAUAUGGGGAUCCUCUGUAAUGCCAACUAGAGGAAUCAAGUGAAAAAAAAAUAUUACUAUUGUUAUUAUUUUUGGGACACUCUUGGCAGGGCACCUGGUGCAGGAGAAGACCUGGGAGGUGGGAGUGGGCUGGCUAUGCUGAGCUCUCCAAAAGACUCAGCUCCAAUGCAGUGAAACUGCAUAGAGAUGAGCCCUAAGACCAAGGUUCAGACCUAGUGCUAAGCAAUAGUUUAGCCUUAGGAGGAUGAGCCACAGCAAGUCUCCUUACACACUCUCUUCUCCCCCCUUCCUUCACCUCCUCUAGCAAUUUGCAUGGAGGAGUUCAGAAGCUUCUACUUCUGAUUAACUGCAGAUUCCAGUGUCAUCUGAAACCGCCU